UGGAAAUGUGGGCGGGGCAGAGAGGCUUUUUCCGUUUCCGGCGGACGGCACCGAGCCGUCCCGAGUUUGCUUUUACAGCAAGAUGCGACCCCUGACUGAAGAGGAGACCAGCACCUUGUUCCAGAAGCUCUCGAAAUAUAUUGGAGAAAAUAUUCAGUUGCUCGUGGACCGACCUGAUGGCACCUACUGUUUCCGUCUCCACAAAGACAGAGUCUAUUAUGUGAGUGAGAAGAUUCUUAAACUGGCAGUAAAUAUCUCCAGGGAGAACCUGGUGUCUCUGGGGACCUGCUUCGGGAAAUUCACCAAGACCCAGAAGUUCAGAUUGCACAUCACCGCUCUCGAUUACCUGGCGCCCUACGCAAAGCAUAAAGUAUGGGUGAAACCUGGAGCAGAGCAGUCAUUCUUGUAUGGGAACCAUGUGUUAAAGUCUGGCUUAGGCCGAAUCACAGAAAAUACUAAUCAGUAUCAGGGACUGGUGGUGUACUCCAUGGCAGAUGUCCCUUUGGGUUUUGGUGUGGCAGCCAAGUCCACCCAGGACUGCAGGAAGGUGGAUCCCAUGGCGAUUGUUGUGUUUCACCAAGGUGACAUCGGGGAAUAUGUGCGCCAUGAAGACACGCUGAUAUAAUUAAUUCGUCUUAUGGACUUGUGGCCUUAUGAGAGCUGCUGAACUACAGAUUUACCCUUUACUGACUUAAUGUACUGUGGCCUGUGGAUACCCUGUUGGUUGUUCUUCCUACUGCAGAGGCUCUGGGGCAGAGUUCAAGAAUCACUGCACUUGGAAGUUGGAACCUGGGGUUUGAAUCCAGCCCUUAGCAUAGUUCCUGACACACAUUAGGUGCUUGAAGAUUCAUCUCAUCUCUCAAGACACUUAGUAGCUGGGUGAUCUUGUGCAAGUUGCUUCCCUGGAUUCACCUGUCUCACAGGCUUGUUGGAAUCAAAUUGGAGAUAAAGUACUUAGGGCAAAAGUGGGAUAGAAAUAAUGCAACUAUCAUUGUAACUCUGCAGGGUGAGCGCUUGUUUAGCAAGAAAGUAAGACAUUCUGAACCGUUUUUGUUUGAUAUUGAUUAAAUUGAAUACCAUGUUUUUUACAAAAUGAAGUCCAUUCUUGUUCCUUGGUACAGGUCCUGAUAAUAUUUAGAACUGAGGACAAAUUAUAACUGUUUCUUGUAGCUGUUCUCUAAAUGGGUGGUGAUUGAACACAAUGUCUAUUCUUAUGUGAAUUCAGUGGCAUAAGAUAGAACAGGUACUUUGUGUUUCUCUAAGUUUUGUGUACAGUACACACAGAUCCCCAGCAGAAUGAACAAAGAACACCUGGGGAGGUGAUCAUGCAGAAUUCUCACCUUCUGUUUUCCAUGAUUUCUUUUCUAUUGUUGCUGCUACUACAGUAUCUAUCUGAUCGUUGUUUAUAUGAAAUUGGUAAGCCCUAUUAAUAAGAUUAGUAGCUUGUUAAAACUGGCUGUGAUGUCACUAUUAAAUUAAUGUAUUACUGGCAGGAUAAAACUCCAUUUGGAUAUUGAAAAUAGAAUAGAAUAGAAAAGAUAUUUGGCUCUCCAUUCAAAGUUAAGUGCCAAAUAGAUGAUGAAUUUGUUGAGGAAUCCCACUUCUGUUUUUUUUUUUUCUUUUUUUAAUCUUUUGAAUACCUUGGAUGAUAGUAGUUGGAAUAAAUGUAGGUCUUAUCACCUUCCUAUACCAGUCCAGCUACAUUAAAAAAAAUUCUCUGCCAUUCCUUUACUAAACCGAACAAAAGGCCACAGGUUCUAAAAAUAAUGAUUCAUAUCCACUCAUCUGAUCCCUUUGUUCAAAGGAUUUGGUGAUUUUUUUUAAAAAUUGCAUUUAAUAUAUAUAUAAAGCUACAAAAAAGGCUAGUUCACAUUUUAGACAAAUUACCGCUUUGCAAGUGUACUUUGUCUUUAACUCGGAAGCUGUCAUUUAUAGAGAUACAAUGUUUUAUUUAUUCUUACUCAAUAUUGGCUAUGAUUUUCCCAGCUCUUGUUCCCAUACCCCAUAAAUUCUCUUUCCUAUUUUAAGAUUUUUCUAUCUUCUAUCAAUCCUCCCUGACUCCUCAAGUUCUUUAGGCUGUAGAAAAUAAUCAUUUUUUAUAUGCUCAGUACAACUUAAGAGAAUAGCUAUUAGCACUAUUUAGAGCAACCUUUUUAAGGACUUAUAUGGGGCUGACUAAAGCCAAGUAAUAGUUCUGGAUUUAGUUAUUUUUAUUACUAUUGAUGAUCCUUUGUGAAUGAUGACAUUACUUUUAAAAAAAAAAUUCAGUAUGCAGGGGAAGUUUCUAUAACUUUUAUAAAACUUGAUUUGCUAACCCUGGGGAGAAAGGGAGGGAGGGGAGCAGGAUUAGGACUUGGUUUCUAAUCUUGCCUUUAGCAUCUUGGCUUUCUUGGGUCUGUGACUUGGGGGGCAUUGAAGAGACGCUUCAGGAAAUACAACUGCAAGAUCCCAGAAAGGACAAUAACGAUACUCUGGGCUAUUGACCACCAGUUCACAUAGUUAUAGUUUGA